CGGCAUAAAAAGGGGUGCGACCGCCGCCGUAGUAAUAAGCCGAUGAUCGGAAAACCUUCUCUAACAACCCUACUACUUCUCCUAACUCCAUAGAGAUAGAGGAAGAAGAAGACGACGACGACGACGACGACGACGACGAAGAAGAAGAAGAAGAAUCUAGGGUUAGGGUUAGGGUUACGCUUAGGGUUUUGCUUCGAAGUGACACUUGAAAGGGGCUCCUAGUAGACGUGGAAGCUGCUGAAUCACUGGGCGGAGCUUUUCCCCGACUUUACAUUCUCUGGUUCGAUCUAUGCAUCGCUUCUCCUUUCGAAUUCGCCUUGUGUUGAGCCCUUUAUCGCCUAUAUAAGCGGAGAAACCUUGUUGGAUGGGGCCCAAAUUAGGGUUUUUGAUGUGAUUGCUGUGAUUCGGAGCCGAUCGAUGUGAGAUAAGGUGUGUUGUCGUCGUUGUCGUUCUUGUUGUUGUUUAGUAUGUUGUGUAAGUUUGAGGAGUCCGAGAGCGUAGCUUCUUCCUCGUGCCGAGCUCGCCGUAGUAUGAGUUGUGGUGAGGAGUCUAAGGAUGGGAGGAGAGAGGGGGACGAGAUUAAACGGGUAGGGAUGAGUAAAGUCGCCGAUAAUUCCGUUGGAACGAGCGGGGAUGCUCUUCGCGCUCCGCAGCCACUAGAGAUUGAUCAGAAGCUGCUUCUUAACCCCAGGUCGCUCUUUAUUGGGUCGAAGAUUGGGGAGGGAGCUCAUGGGAAAGUAUACGAGGGAAGGUAUGGCGAGCAAAUCGUAGCAAUAAAAGUUUUGAAUGGUGGCGAUACUCCUGAAGAAAGGGCUACACUUGAAGCUCGCUUUGUUCGAGAAGUAACUAUGAUGUCUAGAGUGAAACAUGAGAACCUCGUCAAGUUUAUUGGAGCCUGCAAGGACCCAAUCAUGGUGAUUGCCAGUGAACUACUGCCAGGAACGUCGUUAAAGAAAUAUUUAAGCAGUAUGCAGCCCGGAAUACUGGAUCUUCGCACAGCAAUAAAUUUUGCACUUGACAUUGCUCAUGCAAUGGAGUGCCUACAUGCUAAUGGGAUAAUACACAGAGACUUGAAACCUGACAAUUUGUUGCUUACUGCAAAUCAGAAAAAUGUAAAGCUUGUUGAUUUUGGGCUUGCUAGAGAAGAAACUGUAACAGAGAUGAUGACAGCUGAAACUGGAACUUACCGAUGGAUGGCUCCAGAGUUGUACAGCACUGUAACUCUGCGACACGGUGAGAAGAAGCAUUACACGAACAAGGUUGAUGUGUACAGCUUUGGUAUUGUUUUAUGGGAGUUGCUGACCAACAAAAUGCCAUUUGAAGGCAUGUCCAACCUUCAGGCUGCAUAUGCUGCUGCUUUCAAGCAAAUGCGGCCCCCUUUUCCGGACGACACACCCCCUGAGCUCGUGUUCAUCGUGCAGUCGUGCUGGGUCGAGGACCCCAACAUGCGGCCGAACUUCGGCCAGAUCAUUCGCAUGCUAAACACCUUCCUUUUCACUCUGCCCCCGCCGUUACCCGACCGAGAAGCCAACACCAAUCAAGAAGCUAAAGCCGUUCCAACGAGCAGUAGGGGCACCAUUACAGCCACAUCCAAUGCGCGGAGUGGCAAGCGCUCUUUCCUUCGACAGCUCUUUGCCGCGAAGAGGGCAACCAAUGGUAGGACAUAAUUUACUGUAAGGCCACAAAUGUCUAUUACUGUAUAAGUAGCACUAAUAGGCCACAUGUAACAGAGUAAGGGAUGAUACUAAAGCAAACAAGAAUACAAAUUACAUAUGCUAUAUUAUAUAUAUAAUUAAUUCCUGAUCCGACUAGCAUAACCUUUGUUUCUUUUGGUUUUUGGAAAUGUCUUCUUACUAUCCCUGCAGGUAACAUGCAGUUGGGUUUAAUGGAAUUUCGCAUCUCUCUCUCUC